CAUGGACGGUCUCCCGGGUGGCAUUAUAAGUAUCAAGGUCGACUUCUCGAGCAUCGUUCUUCGUUCCGAGUCACUUCUGAGCUACACGCAGGAUGAGCUUUAUGUCCAACUCAUCAAAAUUUUGGCCAGUUGAAUAUGAUGACCUUCACUUUAGAUUUAACUGUAAGUCUCUGGUCUCCUUUGUCCAUGUUCUUAGAGUUCAUUCCCGCACAUUGGCAGUGGCAUCUACAGCGAUCAUCUUCUACGACUACGGUCUUGUCUUCACUCGUGAAGUGGAACUGAUAUGGCGCCAACGUUGGAAACUAACAACAGUUCUAUAUAUCAUUGCACGUUACUUGGGUCUUGCAAUUGCAAUGUAAGUUUAAAAUGGAGGGCGUGGAUCUGUUAACUGAAGAAGGGUUUCAGAGUUCAGAUAUGGGGAGCGCCGGGCAUCUUGUUGAGCGAUACGGUGAAGCCUCUUGACUUACUUGCAGGUAUACAGCACUGACUGACUGGUACAAUACAGGAGCACGUCCCACUAGCUACUAA